AUGACCAACCCCGAAAACACCCCGUGCCAGAACUUCCAUAGGUUCUUCGACUGCUGGCUGGACGAGCUAGAUUCCAACCUUCAACAGCUCGCAUCGGCCGCAAACCACCACGAGUACAAUGGCGAUGAAGAAGAUGAAGAUUUACACAUGCUGAUUAAUAAUUCUAUAGGGCAGUACGAGAAGUACUACAAGGUGAAAUCAGAAGCAGCAAAAGAAGACGUGAUUUCGAUGUUUUCGCCCAAGUGGCUAUCUUCCCUGGAGGAUGCCUUUUUGUGGAUUGCCGGGUGGCGGCCAACUACAGCCAUCCACCUGUUGUACUCCAAGUCUGGUAUUCAGUUUGAGGCCUCGCCAGCUGACUUGUCUAUUUUCAAGGCUGGCGAUUUAGGACAUUUGAGUUCAAAUCAGAUCAGUCGAGUCGACAAAUUACAGCAAAAAACCAUUCGUGCAGAGAAAAACAUAUGUGAUAGAAUGGCGACGUUGCAGGAAUCAGCAGCUGACACAUCCAUGGUGGAUCUAUCCAACGUGAUUUCGGAGAUGAUGAGGAAGGAGAACGACGAUGGAGGGGACGACAAUGAUCGGAGAGUGGAACGGGCUCUAGAGCCGAAGAAGGAUGAGUGGGAAAAAGUGCUGAACAUGGCGGAUAGUCUGAGAAUGGAGACGCUAAAGUCUGUGAUCGAAAUUCUGACACCGAUUCAGGCGGUUUACUUCUUAAUCGCAGCGGCGGAGCUGCACCUCCGGUUACACGAUUGGGGAUUGAAGAAGGACGCUGAGUAUAUUAAUUAAUAGAACACCAUGUAUUACA